AUGGGUGUCCCCCUGUCGAGGCGAGGCGAUAAUGAGAUGCCAUCAGCGGUCGGCCCAAUCACGCCGCCCCAUCUGCCGCACCGGCCAGCGGCAGGCCCCCUGUCUGGCUCCCGCUGCAACGGCUGCGGCCGCCGUUGGGCUGCGUCGUCGACGGGCGAUGAUGUGCUUGCCCGACGGUGUGGACGAGGCACCGAGUCGAGAACGAACGACUGUCAUCGGCCGUCUAGGUACCGUUUCGGUGGGCACGCACGCACGCACCAGGUGCGACGUCCUUGCUUGCUUUACAUGGAACACGAGACGACGGGUGCCUGUCCCGCAACAACAAUGAUAAAUAAAUGGCGCUUGGAGAGAAAUGCGUGCGUGCGCUCUUUUCGCCGCCCCAGGCGGCCGGUUCUCGAUCCACCGUCGACACCGAUCACCGAUGGCAUGGCGGUUGCGCUGGCGUCCGCGCUUGCAUGGCGCGCCCAAAAAUGGCGGCGACAAAUUUGCUUGCUGCUGCUACUAAACGUGGUAGUUGCCGCCCCGGCGAUCGGCCGGCCGUGGGCUGGACCAGCCAGUCCGCAUCUGUUAAGUCAGUUAGCGGGCGGUGGUAGAACGUGGCGGGCGCGGGCGACGGGGUGGUAUUGGUGGCGGCCUUCCAUGCAAAGUUGGUGUCGCCGUCGCCGUCGUCCAAGGCGGCGUCCGUUGUUGUUUGUUGGGUUGGGUUGGGGCGAGGGAAAAAAAGGAUUUGCAGUCUGCAGCGGCCUGUCCGUCAUGCACGCUUUGCACGACGCAUGCACGAACGCACGCACCUGCAAUCAUUUUUUCCCCCUCGUGUCGAGUCACCCCUUUGACAACUUUUUUGCCACCCCUUCCUUGUUGGGCGAUUCUUCAUCUGCGUCCAUGCUCCCGAGGGCGGGCCUGGCGCGAGAUGGGAAACGGCAUGGGCUGGCUGGCCAUGGGGAUCCCAUGGGUUUGGGGCAAAGGGGACUGGGAUGGCACGGAUGCCGCCGUUGCUGCUGGAAAGUAGGCGGUGGGGGUGGCAGCGAGCCGAAACAAAAUGGACCGGGUUUUUGA